GGGCUGGAUGUUUGUUUUGGCAAAGCGUUCAUGAGAGGACUUGCUUUGAGUGUGAAGGCAGGAAAUAAAGCACGCAACCCUGCUUAAUGGCACAUUGUGCGCAACAGGGAAGUGAACCUUGGCUGUCUUUCUGCGCUCGGCGCUGAAUUUUAUCCGCCCUGCUCUCGAAGCUGACUUUCUCUUCGCCAGAAAUAAGGAAAAAAAACAAAAACAAACGACUUUUCUUCUUUUUGACUCCAAAGUAGACGUCAGGACUAUGGCCUGCCAGUCGGAGAACUUCUAAGCAAAAGGAAAAAGAAAAGGCGACGACCUUAAUAACUGUCCGUGUUUUGAAACCUAAACUUCACUCAAGAGCAGCUUAACCAUGGCCCAGUGGAUGGACAUGACUGUUCUGCUUACUCGCUUGGAUGAGGCUACAGUCAACAGCCUCUACCACCCAGAUGUCUUCCCACUUGAAGUUAGACAUUAUCUUGCUAACUGGAUUGAAGAGCAGAGAUGGGAUGAGUUUUCCCUAGGAAAUGCCCAUCAAGAAGAACCGGCAAAAGCUCGCAUGACCCAGCUCCUCCAUGUUUUGGCAAUGGUUUCUGACCAGAAUGUUACCAAUAUAGUGGAAAGGAUGAAGCUGACGCAUAUAAGCAAGUACUUGGUUUCUCGGCCACCUCUGGAGUUUGUUGUGAUGAUCAAAAAUGUUCUAGAGGAGGAGAAGGCUCUCCUCAAAAAGCACAACUUCAAACCGAGGGGUCUUCAACAUAAAUUAAAAAGUCAUGAAGAGGAUAUAAAGAAACUGAUGAGCGAUGUGGUUUUGGCCCAGUCAAUCAGAAAAAGAAAGCAUCAGCUCGAAGAAGAAUACAACUGGGAGAAGCAAAACUAUGAAACUUUGCAAGUCCAGUAUAAACAGAAUGGAUCAGGACUAAGUAGGGAAAUUAUGCAUCUCAAGCAAAAAUGCGAGCGCCUUAAGACAGAGCAUGUUCAGCAAACAACGGAUCUUUUAGACCUGCUGAGAAACUGUGUGGAAAAUCUGAAAACGAGUCAGGACGAUUUCAUCAGUAGGCUGAAUGCAUGGAAAGUGGAGCAGCACAAAUCUGUUAUAGGAUAUCCCUUUAAUGAUGACCUCUUUCCACUGCAGACCUGGUCUGAACAGCUGCUUGCAAUAAACAGUAACCUUUACCAGGAGGCAAUGCUGAUUAAUGAACCCAUCCAAGAAAUCAAAGAAGAGCUGAAGGCAUGUCUUAAGGAUCUGAUUGAAAGCUCUUUUGUUGUGGAAAAACAACCGCCUCAGGUCAUAAAAACACAGUCAAAAUUUUCAGCAACUGUGAGAUACCUGCUGGGGGAAAAACUAAUACCUGGGACACCUGUGACGGUCAGGGCACAGAUUAUUAAUGAAAACCAGGCUAAAAACUUGAGCCUUGCAUCUGGUGAAAAUGUUGGAGAACUUAUCAACAAUACAGCUGUCAUGGAUAAAAAUACAGCCUCCAGGACCACAAAUGCCACCUUCAGAAACAUGUCUAUUAAGAAAAUAAAGCGAGCAGACAGGAAGGGAGCUGAAUCUGUGACAGAGGAGAAGUUUGCCCUCAUGUUCACUGCAAACAUCGCAAUCACAAAUUAUGAAGUGCCUUUCAGGAUACAGAUAAUCUCUCAGCCUGUUGUCAUCAUUGUUCACGGGAGUCAGGACAACAACGCAGUAGCCACGAUCAUAUGGGACUGUGCAUUUGCUGAACCAGAGAGAUUACCCUUCGUUGUCCCUGACCGUGUACCUUGGAAGAUGAUGGUUGAAACUUUAAACUAUAAAUUCCGCUCAGAGGUCCAAACCAAUCACGAACUUGACCCUUUCAACCAGCACUUCUUAGCCCAGAAGAUUUUUGAUCAGCCUGAAUAUACAGAUGACUUCAGCAACAUGAUGGUUUCUUGGUGCCAGUUUAACAAAGAGGUUCUCACGGGUCGAAAUUUCACUUUUUGGCAGUGGUUUGAGGGAGCAAUGGAUCUGACUAAGAAACAUCUGGCGUCCUACUGGAGUGACGGGCUUAUCUUCGGCUUCAUUGGGAAGCAACAUAUACACCUGAUUCUCAAAGAGUGUCACAGUGGAACUUUCCUGCUUCGCUUCAGUGACUCUGAGAUCGGAGGCAUCACCAUCGCCUAUGUGACUUAUGAAAAUGGGAUGCCACUGUUCCAGAACAUUCAGCCUUUCACCAAGAGAGAUCUUGAGAUACGCAGCCUUGGUGACCGCAUUCGAGACAUAAAUGAGAUCACGUACCUUUAUCCUAACUUGCCAAAACAUGACGUUUUUCAAAAGUACUACUCAGGACGUCCAGCGCCAAACAUGUCUGGCUACAUUCCUGUGUCUCUGCAGACUAAAGUUGGAGAGGAACAUCCGCCGGGAGGAAUCUACCCAUUGGACGAUAAUUUGCCAGACUUGAGCCUGCCCAUGGAGGAAUUCAAUGCGGCUUUGGGGAACUUACAGAUUCCUGAUGAUGAUACUGUGGACGCUCCUGCCUUGCCAAAUGCAUCAGAUUCGAUGGAUUAUGAUUUUUUCUCCCUGAACUGUUAGAAAAAUCUCCUACUGGCUGAUUUUUGAGAUCAAGACAGAUUGCAAGUAAAGAGUGAAGACAACCUUAGCCUACAUAACUCAAAUGCUACAGUAUGAUCUGAGUGUAAAUAGAAACUCUUGUGAGUCUAAAUAUAUAUUUCUGUUUAAGAGUGGUAAAAUGUGAUAAUUGCCACCAAAGCUAAAGUUUGUGAUGGGAAUGGCCGCUAUACUCAAAUAAUCGCCAGUAAGUAUUUGUUCCACAUCGCACUGGUCUAAAGUUUCCAAUGAAAGUCUCCCAAAUCGUUAUUUGACUCAUUUUACCUAUGUAGUGCUUUCAUUCAUCUCUGUUUCAAAAUCUGAAACACUUAGAUUGAACAAUCCAGAAAUGGAUUCUACUUCUAUUGUCCAAAAUAACUUUGAAACCAUUUUAGAAAAAUAGGACAAUUAUAGUCAAACGAGAACUGUUCAAUAGUUGUUGCUAUCUUCCUUGUUGUGCUUUCUCCAGCAAACAAAGAUUGUAUGUAUGUUAAAUGAACCUAAAUUCAAGAUUGAUAUGACAUCCCUGCUUCGAUUUAAGUAUUUAUCUCUGCUACUAAUCUAAGGAACCUAAUAUUAUAAAUUCACUUUGAGUACUUUAAAGCAACAACCCAUCUGACUAAAAGGGCUUUUCAUGUCAUUUGUUUUUUAUUCUUAAUGGUGCAGUUAUUAUGUCGCUAUAUGGGGGCUGGGGGAUGUGUUCACACUUUAUUAUUUUCCUUCCUUUGCUUGUAUUAAGCUAAAUAAGAUAAUUGUACAGCAGCAAGCUCUGUAAGCCAUAAUCUACUGGAACCUAUCAGAUCUUAUUCUAUUCUUGUUAUCUUGUUUUGUGUUUAGUAAGGUAGGGUGUCAUUUAUUGGAUUGUAUUUUACAAUAGUAUAACCUGUAUUUACUACCUAAGUACUUACUACAGCAUGUUAAACAUUUUAAUACCAAAUAAUAGUACACAAUAUAGAUGCUGCAGCUGGGGUUUAGACCGAGUUAUUGUUCUUUGUUAAAGUGGGCUUUGGUAACACAACAAACAUUUGGCUUUUCCGUCGCUGCUUAAUGCAGUACUAUACCAUGUUGAUGGACACUCAUAACAGAUGGCAGAUGCGCUACAGGUUGUGGGUAAGGCUUUGGUUAUAACUGCGUUAAAAACUUUUAUUUGUUAUUAUAUUUAUAUGUCAAGCUCUAGCUGCUAGUAUUUUUCCAAAAAGCUUAAGUAAACACACACUGCUGUACAUGCAUACAGCUAUCUCAUAUUAUUAGUACACAGGAUGGAUCAUUGGCCCAUCACAAAGACACACAAAACUACAUCCACACAAUAGUUGUCUGGCCAACAACAGUGAUGACAACCUCAUGCUAUACAGAUUCUAGUGUGUACUGUUGUAAAUAGACUGCUGCAAAUGAAUGUCUCUCAAUAAGAAUCUGUGCUUUUAAACAUUUUAAUAGCAUUUAAGAUUAAAUUACAUUUUGCAAAAAUCCCAACGGUAUUUUAAGGGGUAGUGAUGACUUUUUUUAAAGAGUUUUUGUGACGAUAUGUAGAUAACUAUCUUACCCACAGUCUAAUGAAAUCUUAACGUUUCAGGCAAAACUUUAACUUGCUGUGUAUAUUUUUCUCUUUGUUCGUAGCAGAACUUUGCUCAGAGGGAACCAUUUUCACCUUCAGUUUUACAUCACAUGUUGCAAAUUUAAAUGUCCUUGUUACAGACUAAGACCCUCCAUGGUGGUCCUUUGUAAGCAGCCAGUUAAGUUAAACCUAACAACGGAUUAAAGUUGAAAGGGGAUCUUUGAGUCUGUAAUUAUUUUAACAAGACUGUAGACUCUGAUUAGAUUAUCUGGUAGUUUCAUCUUCUGGGAAAAACAAGUCUCUGUUUCUUAAGAGCAGUAAGAUAUAGAAUGGCCACAACUGCUUUACAAAAGCCUGCUUUGCUUUAAGAAGAAUGUUUUGUGAUGAAAGAAUUAAUUCUUUUUGGAAUUCCUGUUUUUAUUCCUUUGAAUUAAAAACCUUAUUAAAAAGCACUUUUUGGAUUAAGUUGAAAAGGUUCAGUUUUUCUUAAGCCAUCACUUUCAUAUUUUUUGCAUGUAAAUUGUUCAAUGUUCCUUGUCAUGUGUCUGUUUCAUACUUUAAGGAGUUUGUAGGUUUUGGUAGACCUCUCUUGAUUAUUGUGAUGCCAUACACAUAAGAUUUCAAUUUCUGUAAAACUGAAACUCCCAAAAUAAUUGAGUGGAUUUAUUUGCAAAUACUAUUCAGCUGUUAGUUUCAUUAUUUCAAAACACUUCAUUUUCUUGACAAGCAGCAGAUAGAUAAUUUGAAAAAAUCGCAUUUAAGGUUUGUUUAUACACAUUGGGGCCAGAAAUGUGAAAUAUUACAUGUACUCACUGUUCCAUAUGUCUGUCCAGAUUUUGCUAUAUACAAAUGUCCUUUCUGUAUUUGAUUGUAUACACUCCAAAUAAACCCAAAAAAGAACAAAAACAAAAAGAAAGAAAUUGCAAACUGA